CGGGGCUAGAAAGUAGCUUGGAAUUACCAUGUUGCUGCACCCUGAGCUUGUGGCUGUACCAGGGCAAGGUUUGGGGUUGGUGCUGUGACGGCGCUUUAUGGGACAAGGAGAGUACAGGCUUUGCUGGUCACGUCCUUAGUACUUAUGCAGUAACUGUGAAUGGUGGCAUGGAAGAGAGAUGCCAAUUCUUUGUGGGGAAAUAAACCAGGGCUGGUGACAUGCAGGUUUGAAUUUUUCCCCAGUUAUACCAUAUGCUGAUUUUAAAGGAGAAGGAAAGGUCCCAGUCACCAAAACCAGGGUGGAUUUCUCCGACUUCUCCCGCUUACAGCCCCCAUCUACCUCUGAGAGCAGAUAUGGUGGGGGAGGGCAUAAUGAGCUUGAUGAAGAAGCCUCAACCUCUGGGGGUGCCUCUGCUCCCAGCCCUCAGAGUGAGGCGGUCACAAAUGAUCUGCAAGAACUCUCUCUUCAGCCUGGGGCCAAUGUUCAGGUCCCCUUCUCCAGGCCAUGUCCCAAUAGCCCACCUCUGAGUGAGAGAAAGAAUGUCCUGCAGCUCAAGCUCCAGCAGAGGAGGACGCGAGAGGAGCUGGUGAAUCAGGGAAUAAUGCCACCUUUGAAGAGUCCUGCAGCUUUUCAUGAACAGAGGCGUAGCUUGGAGAGGGCACGGACUGAGGACUACCUAAAGCGCAAGAUCCGAUCUCGACCUGAGCGUGCAGAGCUGGUUAGGAUGCACAUAUUAGAAGAAACUUCCGCUGAGCCCUCUUUACAAGCUAAGCAGAUGAAGCUGAAGCGGGCACGUUUGGCUGAUGACCUCAAUGAAAAGAUCUCUCAGCGCCCAGGUCCCAUGGAAUUAGUGGUGAAAAACAUUCUUCCAGUGGAAACUAGUUUAAAGGAGGCCAUUAUUGAUGUGGAUUAUCCUAAGGUGGUAGACAACUCUUCUUUUGAUGAGGACAGCAGCGAUGCUCUUUCUCCUGAACAACCAGCAAGCCAGGAGUCCCAGGGAUCCAUACCAUCGCCUCUAGAAAUGAGGCCUAGUGAAACAACCCCCAUACCAUUGCUGUCUCCAUGCCAGUUGCAGGCUUUUCCAUGUGUACAGCUUGGCACUGACCCCUUUAACCAAGAUUCCUUGCAAAGCACCACAAUAACCAUCAGCAAUGGCCUGACUGCCUCUAUCUGCAAAUCUCUGCCAGCACUAGUAAAGCAAAGCCAACCAAAACCAUCUAUUGAGAAGUCCCAGCGCACCAAGAAACCAAAAGAGCCCAAGCCCAAGGUGAAGAAGCUGAAGUAUCACCAGUACAUCCCACCUGAUCAGAAGCAGAAGGGGACUCCAGCCAUGGACUCUUCCUAUGCCAAACUCUUACAACAGCAGCAACUAUUCCUUCAGCUUCAGAUCAUAAACCAACAGCAGCAUCAGCAUUACAACUACCAGACAAUACUCCCUGCCCCUCCAAAGCCUCUGCCAGACCAGCAGAACACAAACGGCUCCAGCUCUACCACAGUGCGCUCCAUGCCUACAGUUGGCCCUUCCACCUUGGCCACACCAACAAUAACAAGGCAAAACAGCAAUGUGGCAGUUGGUGGAAGAACUGGGCCAUUGCCACACAACUUAGAUGAGAUGAAGGUAGCAGAGCUGAAGCAGGAGUUAAAACAUCGUGGACUUCCUGUGUCAGGGACCAAGAUUGACCUUAUAGAGAGGCUAAAGGCGUCACAAGAUCCCAACACAGUCACAGUGCCACCUGUGGCAAAACCCACACCAGUACAGCCAGCAAAGCCACCUGAAGUAAUGCCUACCCUCUCCAUCUCCUGUCUUAAUACAACAGAAUCCACAAAGCUCUGCAGUACUAGCUCAACACCCCCUGGAUCGCCUUGUCCUUCAGAGGUUUCCGUAGUCAGCAUGGAUGAAGUCUCCAUCAUCAGUGAUGCUUUAGGUGAGACCAUUGCAUGUCCUGUCACCCAGCAAGUUCUGCAGAAUUCUUCAGCUCCAGUAACUGAGAAGUCUUCAUCAGACCCUCGAGACAAAGACCUUAUGCUACGUGAGAAGGACAAGCAGAUUGAAGAGCUAACACGGAGACUGAAACAAAAACAGGAGUUAGUAGAACGGCUCAGGCAGCAGCUUGAGCAGGAGAAACGGACACAGCAACAUCACAGUGCCGACGACCAGCAGGCUUUAAUUCUUGCAGUUAAACAAGAGCCUGUGUCCCUAACCAUUGAUUCCAUUAAUAACAAAAAGGAGACCUCUGAGGCGAGCAAUAAUGUGAAGAAGGAACUUAACCGGGUUAUCGCUUGCCAGCAAGAAACACAGCUUUUAAUAGGUUCUAUGUCCGGUGGCAUUGAAGGGAAAGUAGACGGCUCUGGAGGAACAAAAUUAGUCUUUACACUGGCCAGCCCUAGCAGCCAGCUUCCUGAAGAAAACAGGCAAAUAGUUUUACAGAGAGUUCCUACCCCGCCAUCAUCUCUCCACCCUACCAACUCGCUGCCAAAGCAAGAGGUGCUCCUUAACCACUGUGCCCUCCAGAACCAGAAGCCGGCCCUGCAGCUUAUGCCAGGGACUGUCUUGUCAUUGUCACCUUCUAAUCUGCAGCCCAUUUUAAACAUGAACGGAUUCCAGAAACGGCCAGCGGACACUUCCAACUCCUCUAUACAGAAACAGAAGCCGGUGCAUAAUGAAUCUCCAGCAACACCGCCCCCACAGCCAGAGCCUGAGCCGCCACCACACAGUAUUUUUUUAACUGCUUCUUCACCUCCAUGGUCAAAAGAUCCCCCUGGAUAUGAGGAAGCAGUGAAACAGCAGCCCAGCAGUUCUGAGGAUGGUCGUCCUGGAGGCCUCCAAGCAGAAGAAUUUUUUGACCUUUUGAUCCAGAAUUUAGACCUCCCUUCAGAAUUCAAGGAUUAUCUGGUGCCAUGUCUUAAACAGACAUCUCCCAGUCACCCAGCUGUACAAACGGUGCCACAGGUUGAAAUGCCACCACCGCCUUCACCUAUUCAGUCUGCACUAGGAAGGCUGGAGGAUUUCCUAGAGAGUUCAACUGGCAGCCCACUACUACGGGGGAACCAAGAUGGUCCUGCUUUUAUGCCUCUUAUUGAUGACCUCCAUAGCCAGAUGCUGAGCAGCUUGGCCAUCUUAGAUCACCCACCCUCACCUAUGGACACAUCUGAUCUGCACUUCUCCCCUGUAGGAGACUCCCUAGGAUUAGACAUUUCUGAACCUCCUUUGGAUGGUAUGGACUGGCUUGAGCUGUCUGAGCCUCCGGCUAUGAAUCUGACUCCACUCAGCACAGCUACCCCCAGUGUCUUUUCCACUGAUUUCUUGGACAGCCAUGAUCUGCAGUUACACUGGGAUUCCUGUUUAUAACCUAGCUAUUAGUUGGGGAUUAAGAAACAAAUGUGGAUGAAGAACGAGUUCAGCACUUUUCCUGGCCCCUUUAGGAAAUUCCUUCUUUGCCCCCCUUGAGUGGUACUUACGGAAACUGAAAGAAAAUGCUCAGUUCAGGGUGCCAAAUUGUAGGGAAUCCUUAGUUGCUACCCUUGAGAAGGCCCCUGACUACCUUCAUUAAAGACACAUGUAAGAUGGGUAAGCAAGUCAAUAAGAACUAUGCAUUGUCUCUAACCAGUUGUUCAUCCUUGAUGCACUGUUCAAAUGUGCCACAAGCUCCUUAGCUUCAGAUACCUUGCCCUUUAUAUUGCUUUCUGUGUCAAAGCUCAUCCCAAGCACUUGUAAGAAACUGUCCAGUGCUGUAAGUCACCCCUGGUCGAUAUGCCUGUCUGGAAGGUAGUGAUGUUAUCUUGCCAUUUGUAACUACUGGGUAGAAAUACAUGGCUGGGAAUUCAGCAUCUGAUAUCCAAAGACUAAGGUUAGUGCUGCUGUAUAAUUUCUAGGUCCCCCUUCCCAGGAAUCUGAAACUGCUGAGGAGAUUAAGUUCAGCCAUGACUCUUGGUGUAAACGCAAAGCCCCACUUUUUCCCCUUAUAGUUGCUCAUAUCGUGUUCAAUCUAUGGCACUUCUGUUCACCCAACUGGAACCCUUGCCGAACUCAUGACAGUUUAUAUCCUUGGUGUGUUCUGCAAACGGUUUGGGUUCUUUCACUAUCGACCCACCUCUGGUUUGGUGAACAAUUUAUUUUUCUCUUUCCUUUCUUUUUUAUGUUUUCCCAUCAUGAAUGCUGGGUACCUGGAAUCCUUGCUCACAUCCGUGAAAUGAAUGUAAAAUGCGGAUGAAUAUCUGUCUUUUCUCAGUAAUGUUGUGAGACAUAGGCAAAAAAAAUGAGUAAAUUCAUAAAAGGAAGUAAAAUACCAAAAACAUUUAAAAAAAAAAAUAAAAAAUCACAUCAUGGAAUAAAGAGCUGUUGGAAGGUGAAA